AUGUCUCUUACCAAUAGUGAUACUCGUAGCCAGACUAAACAAAUUGUUUAUAAAGUGUAUACGUUUCUAAAACAACUGUCAACACAUCCAAAUUUAACCGCCGAUUUUUUUAAAAACACACAAAUACGUACUGCCGAAGCAUGUGGAUUGUCAGAGCGCACUAUCCGACGUAUUUGCUCCGAAGCAAAAGAAAAAACCGAAGAAUCAACGUCAGUUAUGUUAUUUAAGUCUCCACGCAAAGGUUACAAACGUGCAAAAAUUGUGUCGGAGAUCGACGAUUUUGAUUCUGAUGUCGUUAGGAGAACUGUGCACGAGUUCUACGAUCGAGGUGAGUAUCCAACUGCACAAUUGAUACUAAAUGCUUUAAGACAAAAAAUCAAUUAUUCCGGAUGCUUACGCUCCAUGCAAUAUUUAUUGAAGAAUUUGAAAUUUUCUUAUAAGAAGUGUAAUGAUGGCCGUAAAUUUUUGAUGGAGAGAAAUGACAUCGUUGCACUUCGAUGUAAAUUUCUUCGAGAAAUUUGUACGUUGCGCGAGAUGAAGGAUGAUCGCCCUGUUGUUUAUAUUGACGAGACAUGGGUUAAUCAAAAUCAUUCGAGAUCGAUGAUUUGGCAAAAUGAACACGGCACUGAAGGAUUGAAAGUUCCAACAGGAAAARGAGGUCGGCUUAUCGUGUGCCAUGCUGGAUGUGCUCGUUAUGGCUUUAUUCAAGGGUCCAAACUAGUAUUCCGUAGCAAUACAGGCAAUACCGCCGACUACCACAGUCAAAUGAAUGCCGAAGUUUUUAAAAAGUGGUUUAUUGAAUUAUUAAACAAUUUAGAAGAGCCAUCUGUUUUGGUGAUGGAUAAUGCGUCAUAUCAUUCCACACUAGUACAUAAUCACCCAAAAAGUAAUUGGAAAAAAUCGGACGUACAAAAAUGGUUGAAUGAAAAAAAUAUCGAAUUUCAUCCUCUUGAAACUUUAGCAGAACUUCAUCAGAAAGUUAAAGCCUUAAUUCCGCRCCAAAAAAAAUACUUGCUUGACCAAAUUGCAUUAGAAAAAGGUCACGAAGUAAUACGCCUACCUCCAUAUCAUUGCCAAUACAAUGCAAUUGAACUUAUAUGGGCCCAAGUUAAGGGUCAAGUAGCAAAAAAAAAWAAUACAUUCAAGAUGGUUGAUAUCGAGCGUCUUACCCAUGAAGCGUUGGAUGCGGUAACCAAAGAGGAUUGGGAAAAUUGUGUAAGGCAUGCCGAAAAAAUACAAGAUUCAGAUAACCGAAAGGAAAUUCUUAGGGACACCUUAAUCGAACCAGUAGUUUUGACCAUAUUGCCCGAUGACAGCGAUUGCAGUGAUGAGGAAUCAGAUAUAGAGCAAUUGGAAUAA